GGUAGAGAUAGGGCUCAAGGAGGUAAUGCAGAAAAUGUAACUCAAGCAGUUGCUACAAUGGAGGCUGAGCGCGAAGCAACCUUGAGUGAUCGGCAAGUGAAUGAAAACACCCAAGUAAAUUUGGAAGAGACCGAAAUGGAAUAUGAAGCUGAUUCUCAGGAGCCUCCAACUCCUGGUGUUCCUGUUGCUCCCGGUGCUUCUGCUGCUCCUAGUUCUUCUGCUGCUCCUAGUGCUUCAUAUAUAGAAAGAAAUAAAAGAAAAAGAGGGAGCAAAAGUGAGGAAGUGAUUGACAUAGUAGUAGAAUCAAUGAGAGAUAUGAAAGGUGCUUAUCAAGAACACACAGCCGUUUUAGUUGAUAUGGUUUCUUGUUUUAAGCAUGAGAAAGAAGGAGCUGAGCGCAGAAUGAAGCUAAUGGCACUGUUGAGAGAUGUUCCUGGUUUGAGCGGUGAUGAUAGAAUGAAGGCUGGCCUUAGCAUUCUAAGGGACAAUAGUCUGAUCGACAUGGUGUUCCAACUUCAACCGGAGGAACUUUUGCCAUUUUUGAAGAAAUUGCUUUAAAUAUUGCUAUUUUUGAAUUUUUAUUGAAUAUUAUAGUGACUUGAUAGGAAGACAUU